AUGGCCGAGAGAGGUGCUCAUGUGUUCUCUUGUGGGUAUCAGAACUCCACAAGAUUUUGGUUCCCAUGUGUUGAUUCAUACUCUGAAUUGUGUACGUGGAAAUUAGAGUUUACAGUGGAUGCCGCCAUGGUAGCAGUUUCCAAUGGAGAUUUGGUGGAGACCGUGUAUACCCAUGACAUGAGGAAAAAGACCUUCCAUUACAUGCUUACCAUCCCGACAUCUGCGUCAAACAUCUCCUUGGCCAUUGGACCUUUUGAAAUCCUUGUAGAUCCAUAUAUGCAUGAGGUUACUCAUUUUUGUUUACCUCAGCUUCUUCCAUUGCUUAAACAUACCACAUCAUAUCUUCAUGAAGUUUUUGAAUUUUAUGAAGAAAUUCUUACAUGUCGAUACCCAUAUUCCUGUUUUAAGACUGUAUUCAUUGAUGAGGCUUAUGUUGAAGUGGCUGCUUAUGCUUCCAUGAGCAUUUUUAGCACUAAUUUGCUGCACAGUGCUAUGAUCAUAGAUGAGACACCUUUGACCAGAAGGUGUUUAGCCCAGUCUUUGGCCCAGCAGUUUUUUGGAUGUUUCAUAUCCAGAAUGUCUUGGUCUGAUGAAUGGGUAUUGAAAGGAAUUUCUGGUUAUAUUUAUGGUCUUUGGAUGAAAAAAACUUUUGGUGUUAAUGAAUACCGCCACUGGAUUAAAGAGGAGCUGGACAGAAUAGUGGCAUAUGAACUGAAAACUGGUGGAGUUUUAUUACAUCCCAUAUUUGGUGGAGGAAAAGAGAAGGAUAACCCAGCGUCCCAUCUACACUUCUCCAUAAAGCAUCCACAUACGCUCUCCUGGGAAUACUACACUAUGUUUCAGUGUAAAGCUCACCUUGUGAUGAGAUUGAUUGAAAAUAGGAUCAGUAUGGAAUUUAUGUUGCAAGUUUUCAAUAAACUGCUAAGUUUGGCUAGUACUGCUUCAUCUCAGAAGUUCCAGUCACAUAUGUGGAGUCAGAUGUUGGUUUCCACAUCUGGAUUUUUGAAAUCCAUUUCGAACGUCUCUGGCAAAGACAUCCAGCCUUUAAUAAAGCAGUGGGUAGACCAGAGCGGAGUGGUAAAAUUUUACGGAAGUUUUGCCUUUAAUAGAAAGCGAAAUGUCUUAGAACUGGAAAUAAAACAAGAUUAUACAUCUCCUGGAACCCAGAAAUAUGUGGGGCCGCUGAAAGUGACCGUACAGGAGCUGGACGGGUCCUUCAACCACACCCUGCAGAUCGAAGAGAACAGCCUCAAGCACGACAUCCCUUGCCAUUCCAAAAGCAGGAGGAAUAAGAAGAAAAAAAUUCCACUGAUGAAUGGCGAAGAAGUUGACAUGGAUCUUUCUGCAAUGGAUGCUGACUCCCCUCUGCUGUGGAUAAGGAUCGACCCGGACAUGGCGGUGCUGCGGAAGGUGGAGUUUGAGCAGGCGGACUUCAUGUGGCAGUACCAGCUCCGCUACGAGAGGGACGUGGUCGCCCAGCAGGAGGCCAUCUCGGCCUUGGAGAAGUUCCCCACUCCUGCGUCCCGGCUUGCCCUCACGGACAUACUGGAGCAGGAGCAGUGUUUCUACCGAGUGAGGAUGUCUGCCUGCUUCUGCCUUGCAAAGAUUGCAAAUUCAAUGGUGAGCACAUGGACAGGACCACCAGCCAUGAAGUCGCUCUUUACUAGGAUGUUUUGUUGUAAAACUUGUCCAAACAUUGUGAAAACAAACAACUUUAUGAGCUUUCAAAGUUACUUUCUACAGAAGACUAUGCCAGUUGCAAUGGCCUUACUGAGAGAUGUUCACAACCUUUGUCCCAAAGAAGUCUUAACAUUUAUUUUAGACUUAAUCAAGUACAAUGACAACAGAAAAAAUAAGUUUUCAGACAACUAUUACCGCGCAGAGAUGAUCGAUGCCCUUGCCAACUCUGUUACGCCUGCAGUCAGUGUGAAUAAUGAAGUUCGAACUUUGGAUAACUUAAAUCCGGAUGUGCGACUCAUUCUUGAAGAAAUCACUAGGUUUUUGAAUAUGGAAAAACUUCUUCCAAGUUACAGGCACACCAUCACUGUCAGUUGUUUGAGAGCCAUACGAGUGCUUCAGAAGAAUGGACAUGUGCCCAGUGAUCCAUCUCUUUUUAAAUCUUACGCAGAAUAUGGCCACUUUGUGGACAUUAGAAUAGCAGCUUUGGAAGCGGUGGUUGAUUACACUAAAGUGGACAGGAGUUAUGAAGAAUUGCAGUGGCUACUUAACAUGAUUCAGAAUGACCCUGUACCCUAUGUAAGACAUAAAAUUCUAAAUAUGUUGACCAAAAACCCACCCUUUACUAAGAGCAUGGAGUCUCCCUUAUGCAAUGAAGCUUUGGUAGAUCAACUUUGGAAACUUAUGAAUUCUGGCGCGGCACACGAUUGGAGGCUGCGGUGUGGCGCUGUGGACCUGUACGUCACGCUCUUUGGCCUCAGCAGACCUUCCUGCUUGCCCUUGCCAGAACUUGGCUUGGUCCUUAAUCUGAAAGAGAAAAAAGCUGUCUUGAAUCCAACCAUCAUUCCAGAGGCCAUAGCAGGCAACCAAGAAGCUGCAGUGAACCCAAGUAGUCACGCACAGCUAGUUGGAUUCCAGAACCCUGAAGAUGAUCACCUUGCCAAGGAAGCCUCAUGUAAUAUGUCAGCUCAUCAGCAGGGAGUGAAGAGGAAGGCUGACACACCACUGGGGUCCCCACUAGAGCCUGGUCAAAUACUGGAGAAGAAUGAGGAUAGCAGUAAAGUCAGACUCAAAAUCAGAUUUUCAAGUUCUCAGGACGAGGAAGAGAUUGACAUGGAUACUGUUCAUGAUAGCCAGGCGUUCAUUUCCCAUCAUUUAAACAUGCUUGAAAGGCCAUCAACUCCAGGUAAGGAGCAGCCCCCUCUGGAGAUGAGUCUGCACGCCGCCGCGGCAGCCCCGCUGUCGGCGUUCAGCAAGGAGCCCGCGUCCUCCAAGCACAGCGACCACCACCACCACCACCACCACGAGCACAAGAAGAAGAAGAAGAAGCACAAGCACAAGCACAAGCACAAGCACAAGCGGGACGGCCGGGAGAAGGGGCGCGAGCCCCCCGCCUUCCCCAGCCCCGCCGGCGGCCGCUCCGCGCGCUCCCCCUCGCUCUCGGACUGA